AUGCGAGACCAUCGAUGGAAGGAACAUUCGAAGAAUGUGAAUAAGGUACGUAAUUAUGCGCCACGACAACGUACAAACGUGAAAUUGCGUACAGGAGAUAUGGGUGCAGAGGGAGAUUUUGUGAUUCUGUACGGUUCACAUACUGGUCAAGCUGAAUCGAUUGCCAAACAAAUAAAGGAAAGAGCAGAAAUUUUGGGACUUCAUCCACGUCUCUAUACUUUAGAUGAAAAUGAGAGACAGUUUCACAUCGAACAAGAACCACUUGCGGUUAUUGUCACCUCAUCUACAGGUGACGGCGAUGCACCGGAGAAUGCAGCUCGAUUUGUUAGGCGCAUAACGAGAAAGAGCCUAGAGACAGAUUUUCUGAAGAAAUUGGACUAUGCCUUACUUGGUCUUGGUGAUUCAAAUUAUUCAACCUAUCAAGGAGUACCUAACAAGAUCGACAAACAGUUAAAAUAUCUUGGCGCUGUGCCUAUCAUCGAAACAGGCCACGCUGACGAUCAAGUGGGGCUCGAACUUGUUGUUGAACCUUGGAUAGAAGAACUCUUUGAAGCGCUUGUGAAACGAUUCAAAUUGGACCCCGGCUUGUUGUCACGUUUGACAAUGAAAGUGGCCAUUGCUGAGAAGAGAGAUGUUGAAGAAGACGUUAGGAGAGAGGAACGCAUUAGCUCAGAGCCCGACCAGCAGAUUUUGUUGCCUCAUCCUUAUAAUUAUCCAGAAAUUUCCCUUAUUAAAGGUAAUGCAAAACUUUCGUGUGAUCCAGCUCUUCGAGUACCUGUGGCUCCUCAGGAGUACCUUGUUUCAUCAGUUUCUCAUGAGAAAUUGCAACAAAACCAUGGACUUAUGUGGCCAAACGGAGCAAAGAUGGUUGGAGUAGCAAGUGCUCCUUAUGAAGUUACUGUUGUUGGUACAGCGCUACUGACGGAUGCGGAUGUAGUGAAACCAAAGUAUGAAUUUGUUGUAGAUUUGGGAGAAUACUUCUCAGUGCUUCCAUAUGAGCCGGGAGAUGCGUUCUACUUCGUAGUUCCGAAUCCAACUCCCGAAGUGAAUUUUAUUCUUGACAGGAUGGGGAUGCUUACUAUCGCUGAUCAAGUUUGUACGAUAUCUGUGAAUCCAUCAACGCAAAAGAUAAAUCCAAUUAUACCACCACAUGUGCCACCACAAAGCUCUUUGCGGCAUCUGUUUACUCACUGUUUGGAUAUCAGAAGAACACCUGGAAGGCCGAUUCUACGUUCCCUUGCGGAAAGUGCGACAAAUGAGCAAGAAAAGCGACGUCUUUUAGAGCUCACAAGUGCGCAAGGCCUAACCGAGUUCAAUGAUUUUGUGAGGCAGCCUGGUCUUUCUUUGGCUGAUAUUCUGUUUGCAUUUCCAAGCGUACGUCCUUCUCCGGACAGGCUCACUGAGCUUCUUCCGCGCUUAAUCCCAAGAUCGUACAGUAUAUCAUCAUGCCGAGGUCGCCGUGUUCGAUUCAUAUACUCUGUCAUGAAUUUUACUGCAGAGGAUGGACGAAGAUACCCACGGAAAGGAUUAGCUACGGACUGGCUGCUUAAUCUGCGAGUGGGCGAUAAAAUACAGAUAAUGCACAAAGAGCCAGCUCGCUUUCGACUUCCGCCACCACCUUUGGAUUCUUCUGUUGCCGCUCAGAUGCCGCUUUUGAUGAUUGGACCGGGAACUGGGCUAGCGGUGUUUUUAGGAUUUUGCCAAUAUUUGUUAAAAGUGAAGCUGGCUGAUCCGAAAAACUUUCCAAACGUUCCACGAUAUCUCUACUUCGGUUGCAGGAAUUUGGAGAAGGACUCGUUGUACCUCGACGAACUGCAGUUAUAUUUACGUGAAGGAAUACUCACAGAAUUGAUUCUCUGUGAAAGCCAAGUGGAUCACGGUCGCCCGAAAUAUGUUCAAGAUGCUUUAAAGCAGAGAAUACCGCAAAUCUGCGAUUUUAUCCUAACCGAUAUAUCUGAUGUUCAAUCUCGGAUAUUCAUCUGUGGUGACGCUAAAGGAAUGUCAAAAGACGUAUUACAGUGUUUCUACGACAUCGUGAAAGAAGGAAUGGGGAAGUCAGAUGCGGAAGCAAAAGUGUUCAUGACAGAACUCCACAAAGCUGACCGCUAUGUUGAAGAUGUUUGGUCGUGA